GGCUGCGGGUGGCGGAGGGGAGCGGCGGCCGAGGGAUGGCGGGCAGUACGGGCGCCUAGCCGCGCCAGGAACCGCGGCGGUCGCCGGAGUCGCUGUCGGAGCCUGGAGCCCGGAGCCCCGCCGCGCCAGACGUCGUGUGCGCCUCCUCGCGCAUCUCCGCUCGGCCGCCCGGAGGGGACUCACCGCGGGUCGUUCAUGCGCCCCGGGCCGCUGGCCCGUGGUUGAGCGCAAGCCCCGCUGGCCGCCGCCAUGCACGCCGCGGAGCGCCCGCCACCCGAGGACACUAGGACUACAUCGAGGCCGAACUUUUAAGUCCAACUGAAGCAGGCCGGUUGGCCGGGUGGGGAGGCUGACCGCGGCACUCCCGCGGAGGAUGGAUGGCCGAGAUUUCGGGCCCCAGCGGUCCGUCCACGGCCCCCCGCCGCCGCUGCUGUCCGGCCUGGCCAUGGACAGCCACCGCGUGGGCGCGGCCACCGCCGGACGCUUGCCCUCCUCGGGCUUGCCAGGUCCCUUGCCGCCCGGGAAAUACAUGGCCGGUCUCAACCUGCACCCGCACCCGGGCGAGGCCUUCUUGGGCAGCUUUGUGGCCAGCGGGAUGGGGCCCUCGGCCUCGUCUCAGGGGAGCCCAGUAUCCCUGACUUCUGACCUCUCCUUCCGCUCCCCCACCCCCAGCAACCUGCCUAUGGUGCAGCUGUGGGCUGCCCGAGCCCAUGAAGGCUUCUCCCACCUGCCUGGUGGGCUGUACCCAUCCUACCUCCACCUGAACCACCUGGAGCCCCCCAGCAGUGGGAGCCCCCUCCUCAGUCAGCUGGGUCAGCCCAGCAUCUUCGAUACCCAGAAAGAUGGCUUCUACCUGCCUGCGCCUGGGACCUUGCACUCUCACGCACCCUCGGCCAGAACCCCCAGUGGCCACUCCUCAGGUGGUCCAGCCAAAGGCUCCUCCCGGGAAGGUGCAGGGAAGGAUCGCUCAGGCCGUGGUGGAGACCCCCCUCCGUUGUUUGGCAAGAAAGACCCUCGGGCACGUGAGGAGGUAUCCGUGCCCCGUGGUGUGGUGGACUUAACCCAGGAGGCCCGAGCUGAGGGCCGCCAGGACCGUGGGCCCUCACGCCUGGCUGAGCGCCUGUCACCCUUCUUGGCAGAGGCCAAAGCCAAGGGUGCUUUGCAGCCAUCCACCUUGAGCCUAUGCAAUGGCGCGGUGGACGCAGGGCUGGUGGCCGAAUUGGGCCGUGGAGGUGCCAAGGAGGUGGCCAGGCAGGAGGAGAGUGCUCGGCUGCUGCGGCGGGCGGAAGCUCUGCUGCCCACGGCAAGGCCCUGUGGGUCCCCACUGCCACCACCACCACCGCCGCCACUGCCUCCCAAGGGUCCCCCUGCACCUCCUUCCUCGACACCAGCUAAUGUCUACACCGUGUUCCGUGAACCAGGCCGUGAGCACCGCGUGGUGGCACCCACCUUUGUGCCUUCUGUGGAGGCCUUUGAUGAGCGUGUGGGACCCAUCCAGAUAGCAUCUCAGGCUCGUGAUGCCAGGGCCAGGGAGCGUGAGCCAGGCCGUCCUGGCGUCCUGCAAGGUCCCCCUGGAUCUCCACGACUGGAGCGACCAGAGGUCCUGCGGGAGAAGAGUUCUGUCAUCCGUUCCCUCAAGCGUCCACCUCCAUCCGAUGGACCUCCAGCCCGAUCCUCUCGGUCCUCCCCCGAUGCCCGCGCCUACCUGCCCCCCAAGGAACUACUCAAGCCUGAGGCUGACCCGAGGCCUUGUGAGCGUGCACCCCGAGGCUCUAGCUCCUCUGCUGCCCAGCAGGCUGCUAAAUUCUUUGGCCUGGAACCAUCCCGACUUCCCGGGCCGGAGCACAAGUGGAAACCUUUUGAGCUGGGCAACUUCGCCACCACGCAGAUGGCUGUCCUAGCUGCCCAGCACCACCAUGCCAGCCGAGCUGAAGAGGAAGCAGCUGUCGCCACAGCAUCCAAAAAGGCCUACCUGGACCCAGGGAGUACAAUGCCCCGUGCCCCGGCCCCCUGCGGCAGGCCUGGUGCCGACCUCCACUCUGCAGCCCAUGGACCCGGAGAGGCCUCUGCUAUGCAGAGCCUCAUCAAAUACAGUGGUAGCUUUGCUCGGGAGGCCGUGGCCGUGCGCCCUGGCGGGUGGAAGAAGAGCCCCUUUGGAGGCCUGGGAACCAUGAAACCCGAACCUACACCCACAUCUGCAGGUCCCCCCAGAGCCCAGGCCCGACUUACACACUCUGGAGUCCCUGCAGCUGGAGGGGGCCGGCAGCUGAAACGGGACCCAGAGAGACCUGAGAGCGCCAAGACCUUCGGGCGGGAGGGCUCUGGUGCCCAGGGGGAGGCGGAAGUGAGACACCCGCCUGUGGGCAUUGCUGUGGCUGUGGCGCGGCAGAAGGACAGCGGCAGCAGUAGCCGGCUGGGGCCUGGGCUGGUAGACCAGGAGCGCUCUUUGUCACUGAACAACGUCAAAGGGCAUGGCCGGACUGAUGAUGACUGCGAUCGAGCCAGACACCGGGAGGAUCGGCUGCUAGGUACACGGCUGGACCGCGACCAGGAGAAGUUGCUCCGAGAAAGUAAGGAGUUGGCUGAUUUGGCCCGUCUACACCCCACCAGCUGUGCCCCUAAUGGUCUGAACCCCAACCUCAUGGUGACCGGGGGCCCUACGCUGGCAGGCUCGGGACGCUGGUCUGCUGACCCCGCCACUCACUUGGCCGCACACCCCUGGCUGCCUCGCUCGGGCAGUACAUCCAUGUGGCUUGCCGGACACCCUUAUGGCCUGGGACCCCCCUCUCUACACCAGGGCAUGGCCCCCGCAUUCCCACCUGGCUUAGGGGGCUCCUUGCCAUCAGCCUACCAGUUCGUCAGGGAUCCCCAGUCUGGCCAGCUGGUGGUUAUCCCUAGUGAUCACCUGCCUCAUUUUGCUGAGCUAAUGGAACGAGCAGCGGUCCCUCCCCUCUGGCCAGCCCUGUACCCGCCGGGCCGCAGCCCCCUGCACCAUGCCCAGCAGCUGCAGCUCUUCUCUCAGCAGCACUUCCUGCGGCAGCAAGAGCUGCUGUACCUGCAACAACAGGCAGCCCAGGCCCUGGAGCUGCAGCGGAGCGCACAGCUGGUGCAGGAACGAUUGAAAGCACAGGAGCAUCGGACUGAGAUGGAGGAGAAGGUGAAUAAGAGGAGCCUGGAGACCACGGCCAAGGCCAGCCUGAGUGCUACAGGCCCAGGGCUACUGCCUCGCAAGCCUACCGGCCUAGCUGCAGGCCCCACAGGCACCCAUGGCAAGGCUGUGAGCCCACCCCCGUCUCCCCGAGCCUCCCCUGUGACCUCUCUGAAGGCCAAGGUUAUCCAGAAGGUGGAGGAUGUGUCUAAGCCACCAGCCUACACCUACCCUGCCACGCCUAGCUCGCACCCCAGCAGCCCGCCACCUGCCUCCCCACCACCUACCCCUGGCCUCACCCGCAAGGAAGAGGCUCCUGAGAACGUGGUGGAGAAGAAAGACCUCGAGCUGGAGAAGGAGGCGCCCAGCCCCUUCCAGGCCCUGUUCACAGAUAUCCCCCCCAGGUACUCAUUCCAAGCCCUGCCACCACACUACGGGCGACCCUACCCCUUCCUGCUGCAGCCCACUGCGGCUGCUGACGCUGAUGGCCUCGCCCCUGAUGUACCACUCCCAGCUGAUGAGCCUGAGCGCCUGGCACUGUCUCCUGAAGACAAGCCCAUCUGCCUGUCACCUUCCAAGAUCCCAGAGCCACCCCGGGACAGUCCAGAGGAGCCCCUGCCGCUCGCUGACCGUGAGGUGAAGGCUGAGGUUGAGGAUGUCGAAGAGGGUCCCACGGAGCUGCCUCCCCUCGAGUCACCAUUAGCUCUGCCUGUCCCAGAGACCAUGGUGGCUGUCAGCCCUGCAGGUGGCUGCGGAGGUGGCCUGCUAGAGGCCCAGGCGCUGAGCACAGCGGGUCAGGGCUGCCGGGAGCCCUCUGAAGCCUCAGACUUUGCGCAAGUGGCUGAACCACAGAUAGCUACCGGUAGGACAGAGCCCUGCGUGGCUGCCCUGGAGCUGGGAACUCAGCUGACACCUGAGCCACUGGUGGAGACUAAGGAAGAGCCGGUGGAGGUGCCCCUGGAUGUGCCAAUGGAAGGGCCCAUGACAGAGGCAGGGCCUGAGGACAGCCUGCCCCAGCCAUCCCUGACUGAGCCUCAGCCCAGCCUAGAGCUCUCAGACUGUGACUUACCUGUCCCAGAGGGCCAGUGUCUGAACUUGGAGGCCCAGGAGGCUGCACCUGCUCCGGGCAGUACCUGCUAUCUUGAAGAGAGCUGCUCUGAAUCACUCCUGCCAGGCCUGGAGGACCCGCUGGCCGGCAUGAAUGCACUGGCAGCUGCAGCCGAGCUGCCCCAGGCCAGGCCUCUGCCCUCUCUGGGUACUGGGGUACCAGCCGGGGAGAAGCUGGACACAGCCCCCAGCGUAGGCCUGGAACACAGCUUCCUGCAGGGCAUCACCCUGCUGAGUGAGAUAGCUGAGUUGGAGCUUGACCGCAGGGGCCAAGAGGUUGUAGGUGCAGAUCCAAACCUGGCCGUGCGACCCUCGUUGGAGAGCCUGCUGGCCGCCAGCAGCCACAUGCUGAAGGAGGUGCUAGACAGCCCCUUUUCAGAUCCGUUCAAGAACUUGAGGCUUCCGCGUGAACUGAACUCCAACAAGAAAUAUAGCUGGAUGCAAAAGAAGGAGGAACGGAUGUUUGCUAUGAAGUCUUCCCUGGAAGACAUGGAUGCCCUGGAGCUGGACUUCCGGAUGCGACUGGCAGAGGUCCAGCGGCGGUACAAAGAGAAACAGCGUGAGCUGGUCAAGCUCCAGCGACGCCGGGAUUCGGGGGACAGGCACGAGGAUGCCCAUAGAAGCCUGGCACGCAGAGGCCCUGGCAGGCCGCGGAAACGGACCCACACCCUGAGCGCCCUGUCGCCCCCCUGCAAGAGAGGGAAGAGCCACAGCGGUAGCGGAAAGCUAAACAGCAAAUCCCUGCUGACUUCAGAUGACUACGAUCUGGGAGCUGGGAUAAGGAAGAGGCACAAGGGGCCUGAGGAAGACCAAGAUGCCCUCAUCAGCAUAGGGAAAGCCCGGGGCAGGAACCAGAGCUGGGAUGAUCACGAAACCUCAUCUGACUUCAUGAGUCAGGUCAGUAAAUCAAUCUUGCAAGACUCUGGGAUGCAGUCCUCAACUUGGAGGUCUGGAGGUCACACCAGAGACAAUGAACCUUCUCGAUGGAGGACGGUUGGUCCCUACUUGCGAGAGACGCGUUUCGACUCAGUGGCUUCGUCUCGGUAUCAUGGCCCUCAGCGGCUAGCUACUCCCAGUGGCUCCCUGGUGCAGCAAACCCCCAGGUGCCGGGCUGGGCUCAUCGUCUCGUUAGAGCUCAGUCGAGAAACAACGUUCAAUUUGCAAGAGUGUUGGGCUUCGGUUGCCACGGUUUAUGAGGGGGUCAAAAAUGGAUCUCCGGGAGUGCUGCUGGCCGAGGAUCCGGCCCCCUCAGCUCAGUCCCCAGGGCGCUCCACCACCGAAGAACGUUCUGGCUCCUGCUUUGCCACGUCAGCAAGACUGGAGCCAGGGUGGGUGGUGGGAGGAGGUGGGGGCAGCAUGCACCCAGGUCAGGACCUUGAUUUGUUCCUUGUUUUCUGCAUGCCAGAUGACAGCUCAGAAGAGGAUGAGGAGGAAGAGCUGGAGGAGGAGGAAGAAGAGGAAGAGGAAGCCCUUGGUAGCUAUAGGCUGGGUGCCGGGGAACAGGCCCUGUCGCCGAGCCUGGAGGAGAGCGGGCUGGGCCUGCUGGCUCGCUUUGCGGCCAGCGCCCUCCCCAGCCCUGUUGUGGGACCACCUCUGUCUGUGGUGCAGCUGGAAGCCGAGCAGAAGGCCCGCAAGAAGGAGGAACGGCAGAGCUUGAUGGGCGCAGAGUUCGAGUACACAGACUCAGAGAGUGAAGUCAAGGUUCCCAAGCAGUCACCUGCUGGGCUGCUGAGGCCCAAGAAAGGGGUUGGGGAUCCAGGCCAGUCUAUGGCUGCCCCUGUACCUGGCACCCGGGCUUCCGGUCCCACCAGCCCAGACAAAACCAAGCUGGCCUCAGAGAAGGGACGCAGAGCCCGGAAGAUACGUGGCCCCAAGGAACCUGGCUUCGAGGCAGGGCCAGAGGCCAGUGAUGAUGACCUGUGGACGAGACGCAGGAGCGAGCGUAUCUUCUUACAUGAUGCCUCAGCCGCAGUCCAGGCACCCAGCAACACAGCACCUGCACCCAAGCCCAGCCGUUGUGGCAAGGGUGGUGCCCCAAGCCCACGCAAGGACACCGGCCGAGCCAAGGACAGGAAGGACCCCAGGAAGAGGAAGAAAGGGAAAGAGGCUGGAUCAGCAGCCACGCUGCCACCAGCCCGUGUUUCCACCCUGCCUGACUCCAGAGCGCCUCACACAGGGCCCCUGGCGACCGCCAAACGGAGCAAGGCCAAGGCCAAAGGGAAGGAGGUGAAGAAGGAGAACCGAGGGAAAGGGGGUGCUGUGAGUAAACUGAUGGAGUGUAUGGCAGCAGAGGAGGACUUUGAACCCAACCAGGACUCAAGUUUCUCUGAGGAUGAGCACUUGCCCCGAGGUGGGGCCGCAGAGCGACCUUUGACCCCAGCCCCCCGCUCCUGCAUCAUUGACAAAGACGAGCUGAAGGAUGGGCUACGUGUGCUGAUCCCUAUGGAUGACAAGCUGCUGUAUGCGGGACAUGUGCAAACGGUGCACUCACCCGACAUAUACCGUGUGGUGGUGGAGGGCGAGCGUGGGAACCGUCCCCACAUCUACUGCCUGGAGCAACUACUGCAGGAGGCGAUUAUAGACGUGAGGCCGGCCUCCACACGCUUCUUGCCCCAGGGGACCAGGAUCGCCGCCUACUGGAGCCAGCAAUACCGCUGCCUCUAUCCAGGCACGGUCGUCCGAGGGCUGCUGGACCUGGAAGACGAUGGAGACCUGAUCACCGUGGAGUUUGAUGAUGGAGACACAGGCAGGAUCCCCCUCUCACACAUCCGCCUCUUGCCGCCUGACUACAAAAUCCAGUGUGCUGAGCCAUCCCCGGCUCUCCUAGUGCCCAGUGCAAAACGCCGUAGCAGGAAGACCAGCAAAGACACUGGGGAAGGCAAAGAAGGGGCCGCCACAGCACCUCAGGAGGCUACAGGGGCAAAGCCGCGAGGGCGAGGACGGAAACCCAGUGCCAAAGCCAAGGGUGACAGAGCUGUUGUCCUGGAGGAAGGGGCUGCCACAGAUGAGGUCCCCAGUGCUCCCUUGGCCCUGGAGCCCAUCAACACCCCAAGUUCCAAGAAGAGUCCCCCAGAACCAGUGGACAAGCGGGCCAGAGGCCCCAAAGCUCGCUCAGUCUCUGCACAGCCCAGUCCCGCGCCACCCACCUUCUCCAGCUGCCCAGCUCCUGAGCCCUUUGGGGAGCUACCAGCCCCCACUGCCGCCCCACUCAUCAACAUGCCUGUCACCAUGCCUGCCACUCGCCCCAAACCCAAGAAGGCUCGGGCCGCCGAGGGGUCAGGUGCCAAAGGUCCCCGGAGGCCAGGGGAAGAGGACGAACUGCUCGUCAAACUGGACCAUGAGGGGGUCAUGUCCCCCAAAAGCAAGAAGGCCAAAGAGGCCCUGCUCCUGCGGGAAGAUCCAGGGCCCGGGGGUUGGCCAGAGUCCACGGGGUUGCUCAGCCUGGGUAGCUACUCACCGGCUGUUGGCAACAGUGAGCCCAAGGCCACCUGGCCCAAGGCUCUGGAGGGAGACCUCACUCAGGAGCCCGGGCCAGGGCUUCCUUUAGAGGAUUCUGGCAACUCCAAAAGCCCAGACAAGGCCCAGGCUGAGCAAGAUGGGGCCGAGGAGUCGGAGACCACCAGCAGCAGCAGCAGCAGCAGCAGCAGUAGCAGCAGCAGCAGCAGUAGUAGCAGCAGCAGCAGCAGCAGCAGUAGCAGCAGCAGCAGCAGCAGCAGCAGCAGCAGUGGUUCUGAAACAGAAGGCGAGGAAGACACUGAGAAGAGCAGGGAGACCGGCCGGGGUGCAGGGGGCCGAACCUGCAGUGCUGCCAGCUCCAGGGCAUCUUCUCCUGCCUCCUCCUCCUCCUCCUCCUCUUCCUCUUCUUCCUCCUCCUCCUCCUCUUCUUCCUCUUCCUCCUCCUCUUCUUCCUCUUCCUCUUCCUCUUCUUCCUCCUCCUCCUCUUCCACCACAGACGAGGAUUCUUCCUGUAGCUCAGAUGAUGAAGCAACCCCUGCGACCGCAGCCAGUCCCUCCACGCAGCCAGCGCUCCCCACCAAGGUGUCCAAGCCACCUAGCAAGGCACGCUCCUCAGCUCACUCCCCAGGCAAGAAGGCGCCCCCUGUCACCCAGCCACCGCCCCAGCCCCCACCCCAGCCCCAGCAGACUCUGCAACCCAAGACCCAGGCUGGGGCUGGGGCCAAGAGCCGACCUAAGAAGAGAGAAGGCGUGCACCUGCCUACCACCAAAGAGCUGGCCAAGCGGCAGCGUCUGCCAUCCGUGGAGAACCGGCCUAAAAUUGCUGCCUUCCUACCCGCCCGGCAGCUUUGGAAGUGGUUUGGCAAGCCCACUCAGCGGCGAGGCAUGAAGGGCAAGGCUCGCAAGCUCUUCUACAAAGCCAUCGUUCGAGGCAAGGAGAUGAUCCGAAUUGGGGACUGUGCGGUCUUCCUGUCGGCUGGCCGCCCCAACCUACCCUACAUUGGCCGGAUCCAGAGCAUGUGGGAGUCGUGGGGCAACAACAUGGUGGUCCGUGUGAAGUGGUUUUACCAUCCGGAAGAGACCAGCCCGGGCAAACAGUUCCACGAGGGCCAGCACUGGGACCAGAAGUCGGGGCGCAGUCUCCCUGCAGCCCUGCGGGCCUCCAGCCAGAGGAAGGACUUUAUGGAGCGUGCCCUGUACCAGUCCUCCCAUGUGGAUGAGAACGACGUUCAGACAGUGUCCCACAAGUGCCUGGUGGUGGGCCUGGAGCAGUAUGAGCAGAUGCUAAAGACCAAGAAGUACCAGGACAGCGAGGGCCUGUACUACCUCGCGGGCACUUAUGAGCCCACCACAGGCAUGAUCUUCUCUACAGAUGGCGUGCCUGUGCUCUGCUGAGUGCCCCCUACCCAGCGGGGCCCAUAGAGACCCCUCCCCACCACUGCCAUGGCGCGGGACCAUGUGUGUUGUGUGCAUGCCAGUGUGCUCGUGGGCGUGUGCAUGUGACCAGGUGGACGCCCCAGGCAAGUGCGAGUGUGUACAUGUGUGUGCCCGUAUGCAUGCACGUGUGUGCACACAUGUGCACACAUCUCUAGACCCUUUCUGGUCAUCCCCUGGUGCCCUCAUGCUGAGACACCUCCCCCACCCCCACUCCCACCCCCCACACCCAGCUAUCAGGGUCCGGCUCUGCUGUCCCGUCAGGGUCAUCUCAGAGGGGACUUCCCUCCAGCACUUUGUAUGCGCUUAAUGAGGCUGCCCUCCGAGCUCUGGGCCUGUGUAGACUUUGAAUCUGUGGAUGGGUGAGGGAGAGUUCCAAGGACCCAAACCGAUGCUUGGUAUCGAGUUCAGCCACACCCAGCACGGAGCCCAUCGAAGGCCUUCCACCAUGGGCCGGAGGGCCCCAACGCCAGCCAGCUUCACCAAUCACUGGGCAUCUGGGUGCCUGCAUGCCCGGCCUCCACCCUCUCAGGACAGCCUGGACUUGGGGAACAAGGCAGGGGAGGGCAGCCCAGGAGCAUCACCAUACCUGGUGGGCCCCCCAGCCCAGACCCUUACACUACAGAAAACCCCAAUGGUGCUGAAACCCGCGCCCACGCCCGGCACGGCCCGCCCGGCCCCCUCCACCAGGAGGAUCCGAAAGGUUACCUGUACAGUUUAUUGUAGCCUGCCCCUGUAUCAUACACCUUUAAAUGGAGUCAACUUUUUAAUUAUAUAUAUAAAGAUAAAUAUAUAUAAAUAUAUAUAUAAACUUUUUAAAACUGUGAAAAAUAGCUAUGAAAUUAUAAAAAAAAAACACAUUCUGACGUGCAGAAUAUUAUUUUUUAUUUCCUGUUAGAUUGUGAGUGUCUAGCACCGGCUUUAUGCCUCCCCCCAACUCCCCUGCACCCUCACCCCUGCCCAUGUGUACUGUAUGUGCCCCAAAUGGACGAGAGAUGGAGAUAGACAGAGGGGCCCCAAGCCCAGCCCCCAGCUCAGCCCGAAGCACUUAACCAGCCCCCCUGUGCCUGCCAGACCCCAGUGGGGUCCCCGGAGGCUUUGAGCAGACAAUCUUGAAGGAAGGAAAAGCCAGACUUCGGUUUUGUUUUGUUUUGUUUUGGGGGGGAGUAAUUACUGUUUCCUGAUUUUUUUUUUUUUUAACAUUUCUUUUGGAAUUUUGUUUGUUGGCAAAUUCUGUGUGAUCUUUUUCAUAAAAAAAAAAAAAGAAAAGAAAAGAAAGAAAAGAAAAAAUUUAAUUGGAAAAAUA